AUGGCUACCGAUACACCGGAUUUGAAUCUGGAUGCUCCGAGUGAUCUUCAAGAUAUUCCAGACACGGAGAUGCAACUGCUCCCGCCUCCUGAAGCAACCUAUCCAGACAAAGCAAGUCUUCUAGCAGCAGUGCAUGCUCAUGGUAAGGUGCAUGGCUACAGAGUUGUUGUUAAGUCUUCCAGUACGCCAAAUGACAAGAAGCCCGGCCGGACGUCAAAGGUCUGGCUCCGAUGUGACCGUGGCGGCCAGUAUCGACCGCGCAACGGACUCACAGAAGAGACUCGGAAGCGAAGACGGACAUCACGGUUGACAGAUUGUCCGUUUUCGCUUCUUGCAGCUGGUACUCCGGGAUUCUGGACGUUGACUGUCACAGACCCGGCGCACAAUCAUGGUCCGGUUAUUGAACGAGCACGACCAGUUAUUCAGAAGUUUAAAAAAGGUCAAAUUGCUGCACAGCCCUAUGAUUGGCCUCAUGAUGCUACUUUUACACCGUUUACUACUGCGCUUGUCAUUAUUGAUAUGCAAAAGGAUUUCUGUGCCCCUGGAGGAUACCUAGAGUAUCAAGGAUAUGACAUUUCCCCUACCCGCGCCAUAAUUCCUCGAUUACAAAAUCUCUUGCAAAACUUCCGAGCCGCUGGCUUCCCCAUAUAUCAUACGCGAGAAGGCCAUCGACCAGAUCUGUCUACCCUAUCUAGUCGAGAAAACCACCGAUCUCGCAACAAUCCAUCUGCCUUGGGUAUCGGAUCCCAAGGACCAUUAGGUCGACUACUAAUCCGAGGAGAAGUCGGACACGACACUAUCGACGAACUCUAUCCACUUCCCGAUGAACCUGUCAUUGACAAACCGGGCCGUGGCGCAUUCGCCCAUACAGACUUUGAAUUACUCCUACGCAACAAGGGUGUGAAAAACCUUCUUCUCACAGGUGUAACUACAGAUGUAUGCAUAUCAACAACUAUGCGUGAAGCAAAUGAUCGAGGGUUUGACUGUGUCGUUGUAGAGGAUGCGUGUGCUGCCACGGAACCAUCGCUGCAUACCAGCACUUUGGACUCAAUCAAAAUGGAAGGCGGGAUCUUCGGAGCUGUGACUUCGUCUGCUGAUGUGAUACAAGCUCUGGAGAAUUUCAAGAGUGUUACUGUCAAGAAAUUGGCGCCUCAAAUGGCGGCUCAGAUGGGGACUUGA